CAUACAGGAAACAACAUUGUUUACACCGAGGCGCCGACGGACGAUAAGUUUGACUUUCGGACAAAAGUUAAUUUCUGCUGAAAGAGGACAGCUACGUGACACUAUAUUGAAAAACUGGAAUAGUAAACGUCUGGGGGCUGCUGAUUGAAUGCACGUUUGAGGAAAAUCACAGAUGAAAGUAAAGUAACUUCCAAAAGAAGACGAGGAGCAGGCGGAUCGGAUCCUGCUCGGUUUUCCAAAGCCAAUGGCUUCCGUAUCAGAGGAGGACCUGUGCUGUCCUGUCUGCCAUGAAGUCUUUAGAGAGCCUGUCGUCCUGUCCUGCAGCCACAGCUUCUGUAGAGCCUGUCUGCAGAGCUGGUGGGGGGGGAGACCAACGCGGGACUGUCCGGUCUGUAAAAGGAGGUCAUCCAGGAGUGACCCACCUCGGAACCUGGCUUUAAGGAACCUGUGUGAGUCUUUCCUACUGACAGGAGGUCAGAGAGCCUCAGCAGCUCUCUGCAGUCUGCACUCGGAGAAACUCAAACUCUUCUGUCUGGACCACCAGCAGCCGGUGUGUGUGGUCUGCAGGGACUCCAGGAGACACGCCAACCACAGGUUCAGACCCAUCGAUGAGGCUGCACAGGACCACCGAGAGGAGCUCCAGGAAGCCCUGAAGCCCUUACAGGGCAAACUCAAGCUCUGGGAACGAGUUAAAGAGGAGUGGGAUCAGACAGCAGGACACAUCAAGGUCCAGGCCCGACGCACAGAGACGCAGAUUAAGGAUCAGUUUAAGAAGCUUCACCAGUUUCUAGAAGAGGAAGAGGAGGCCAGGAUGGCUGCACUGAGGGAGGAAGAGGAGCAGAAGAGUCAGAGGAUGAAGGAGAAGAUGGAGGCUCUGAGCAGAGAGAUAGCAGCUCUUUCAGACACAGUCAGAGCCACAGAGGAGCAGCUGAGAGCUGAAGACGUCUCCUUCCUGAUCAACUACAAGGCUGCAGUGGAAAGAGUCCAGCAGCGCCCCCUGCUGGAUGAUCCACAGCUGCUCUCAGGAGCUCUGAUAGACGAGGCCAAACACCUGGGCAACCUGAGCUUCAACAUCUGGAACAAGAUGGAGGACCUGGUCUCCUACUCUCCUGUGAUUCUGGACCCAAACACUGCUCAUCCAGAACUGGUCCUGUCUGAAGAUCUGACCAGCGUGAGUCGUGGAGUGAGACAGCAGCUUCCUGAUAAUCCAGAGAGGUUUGAUUUCUUUCACCCCGUCCUGGGCUCUGAGGGCUUUGACUCAGGGUCUCACAGCUGGGACGUCGAGGUUGGAGACAGCAGAAUGUGGUUUCUCGGCGUGGCAAAGAAGUCUGUCCAGAGGAAAGGGAGGACAUGGUCUGGGAUGUGGAGAAUAGGAUUCUCAAAUGGUAAAUAUAAAGCCUUCUCUCCGACAGCCCAACCCAUCGUCCUCGGAGCGAGGCAGCUCCAGAGGAUCCGAGUCCAACUGGACUGGCCCAGAGGAACGCUGUCCUUCUCCGAUCUGGAUACGGGCACACGCAUACACACCUACACCCCCACUUUCACUGAGAGGCUGUUUCCAUACUUCAGCAAUAGUAAUGAAUCCCCUAUGAAGAUCUUACCACAGGUGGAUGAGGAGGAGGAUGAGGGUGAGGAAGAAGAUGAUGAGGAGGAGGAGGAAGAUGAAGAUGAUGAGGAGGAGGAGGAGGAGGAGGAGGAGGAGGAGGAGGAGAAGGACUACAACUACAAAUAUUAUGAUUAUUCUGAUGAUUCUGAAUUUUGUAGAGGUGUUCGAAUUCUCCGCAGUUAAUUUCAUUCACUAUAUAGUCCAGUUUAAAAUACCCACAAUGCACAGCUAAUUUGAGUGUACAUACAAUGUACCCUACAUUUUACUCCCGUGUCCCACAAUGCAACUCAGCCGUGUUUUCCCGGGGGAGAAGAAGCAGAAAACUGAAAAAGGUAAAAUGGAGCGGGCUUUCUUAUCUGAAGAGUGGAAAAUACAACACACAACAUAUAUAAUAUACAACAUUUGAGGCUGUGAUUCAGGGAUGUAUGAGCAGUAUUUUAGUUUGGGUUUGUUUACGUGAUACCGGGCGCGCCUACUGACGCAACGGCUUCAGUCAGUGUCGAAAUCUUGUGUGGUCGUUCCCUGUAUAGUAACAAACACUAUAUAGGGAACAGUGAGGGAGUGAAUGAGGGAACGAUUUUGAACAUAGCUCAUGUCUUAUUUUUAUUUUAUUUCACCUUUUUCUUCGAUUUGUGUCACACACAAGGAGCAAAGAUACGUUGAUGUUUAAGAUUGUGGGCCUGCUGUGUUCUGGAUUAUUUGCAUGCAAGUCAAUUCACACAGUUCACCUUUUGAUUGAGUUCUUUAAGUAUCAGUACUGAAAUGCUGUGUAACGGUUUAACAUCCUGUUGUUUCCGGAGGGCUGGGUACAAAACUUCUUCAAAAAAUGCCUCAUCAUUCAAUACCAAAGUUUAAUACCUAAAAUCACAUCAGCAUCAGUGAGCCAAUCAGCACGCAGCAUGCUUCUACAAAGAUGUAAUAAUGCUUGUGAUUGGCUGUCUAACUUUACACAUCAUAGAGACAUGCAGGAAAAACUCUCACACGUGUGUGUGUGUGUGUGUGUGUGUGUUUGAGAGGCUUGACCUCAGUGUGUUUUAGGUGCAAAGGAGCUGAAGAAAAAGAUUUGUAAUGUAUAGAUUGUAUGAAAUUGGUAUCAAAAGAAGUUCAAGAAGCGGUAUUGAUGUCACGGUGUCGGAAAAAGAAAAAAGUAACGAUACCCAGCCCCAUUUCAUUUUCUCAUCGACGUAAGAAUCCAGAUGUUGCAGUUAGAGGAACCUGUCUGUAGUCAUGUUGUCAUAGUGUAUGCUCAUUAUAUUCACUGUGACUAUUCUGUAACCGAUGAUGAAUGUAGCCUUUUAAUCUCUAACCUGCUGUGAGUGAUUUUACUUCAUCUGUGAAACAAUAAAGAAUCAAGUGUA